UUAGCAUGACAUAUAGUGUUGUUGACGUUUUUAGCAUUAACUUUAAUUUUUUCUUUUUAUUAUUUUAUUUUCCCGCGUCGUUCGCAUCUUCUGAUGUCCACAAGCAAUGGCGUUAAUAAACAAACGAGGAGAACUAAAAGUGCUCAAGACACGGCUAAUCGUCGCAUGUCUGCUGACGAUUACAAAAAUAUCGCGCCUGAAAUCGGUUUCCGGGGCUUUGAGAAGGUGCCUCUUGUUUUAGUGCCGCGGUAUGACAUAACUCCUUACUUAUCAACACUAAACCUCCCGAUUAAAGGUAAGAAAUCUUGUAUGACGCCGUCAAGAGGUAAAAACCCGCCUAAAAACCGGUUUUUGAAGCAAUGCACUAUAAACAUUACCAGACAAGAUUUGAAUAAGUUGAAAGCAGAUUCUGAUCAGAAUUCGGCGUCUAGCCACACUUCAGACUCAGAUUCUGACGCUGAUAAAGCCAGCAUGUCGAAUAUAAAGUGUAAAAUAUGUGAAAAAGGUUACUCAAGUGAGAAAAAGCUGCUAAAACAUCAAGAAAAUAAACAUAUGAUUGUAUAUAAGCCCAAUGCGAAGCCACAGAAACGAGUAUCUUUUUCAGACCACGUUAUCAUCCAUGAGGUCAAAGAAUACCACAAAUGUAGGAAAUGCCCAAAAAUUUUUGAAAAUUACAAGUUUCUGCGGACGCACAUGAAGCAAAGACAUAAGAAACGCAAAUGCUAUAUUUGUAACUAUUGUAAUAAGAACUUUGUGGACCGAACCUUUUUCAAAGUACAUAUUAAACUGCAUUGUGACGUCUGCGGCCUUUUUUUGCCGAGUAAAGUAAAAUUCAACGAUCACCGCAGAACAGUUUGCAAAGUAUUAAAACUACAUACUUGUAAGACUUGCGAAGAGACUUAUUUCCGAUUCAUGGAUUUAAAAGAUCAUAGUUACAAUCACGUUGACCCGUGUUUCGUCUGUGAUAUUUGUAAAGAUCAGUUUAAAUCGAAAUGUGCGAUCGCUCACCAUAUCGCUUUCCUACACUCGAAUGACAGACCUAUAUGCUUAUACGCUAUGCGUAACCUAGGCAACGAGAGACUGUACCUCUGCAAUUUUUGUGAAGAAAGUUCUGUAGAACGAGACGCAUUAGAACGUCACGUACAAUUGUUACCGGACCUAACCAACAAAGCAAUGACUGGUUAUAAAGACUAUUACUUCUGCGAUCAAUGCUUCAAGAAAUUUGAUACCGAAACAAGCAUGUUACAACACAAAUGGACUCAUUUUCUGAUAACUAGUGACAAUUCUCAAGAACGGAAAGGGGUUUUGAAAAAGAAGGUGAAAAUGACAUAUAAUGUCAAUGAACCUAUACCGUUGUCUUUACAGCCGAAAUUAAUUUUGGAGAAGAUUAACAUUGGUGGGAAAAUUCUUAAGAAAACACCUGAUUUUGUUGAUGUAAAAAGUUUUGAUAUCCGUAACGGAGAGAUUAAAAAGCCUAUAGUUGAUCCGAAGAGUAAAAAAACUAUUAUUUCCAAAUAUCAGUGCCAGACAUGCGACAAGUACCUAUGUUCUGCGAGCAAUUUAACCCGUCACAUUGAGACCCAACAUAGCAACUACGAAAAUCUUCAGUGUAAGGUAUGUGAAGAAAUUUUUGUCUGGCCGUCUUUACUCCGUUCCCAUAAAUGCAUCAGACUCAAACACCCUGAAAUGCCAUUCGAAGAUGCACGCCCAGAAAUACACUUUGACAACCUCAAUGAAGUUACUUCGACACAGGACCCUGAAAAUGGUUUCGAUGAUCUGAAUAUCAUAGAAAAUGAUGACUAUUUGAACAGGGUAGAUUUUGAGAUACCAGCUCCGAUUGUCGAGUUGACUGAGUAUGGCAGUUUUAAUCAGAGUCAGGAGAAAUUUGCACCGUUGCAGAGUUUAGGAUAUAAGUUGGUUAUGCAGGAGGUACCGAUAGAAUUUUAAAUACUUUUUUGACCGGUGAAUUAGAACGAGUCGUUUGGCUUACGAAUGGUUAUUUGUGACGUUUAUUCUGUGAGGCUUUGUCAGAAAACGAUUGUUCGUAAGGAAAAUGAAUCGUUACUUGUUUGUAAGAAACGGGACUUUACUAAAGCGGAGGAGAUAAGUUUCUGUACAACCAAUAGAGUUUCGUUAUUUAAAUAUCUGAAAUCAAAUUAGGCUGAAAAUCAGCAUUUUUUGAACGUAAAAGAAAUAUACAAAGACAGCCCCCAAAACACACACCCUUCACUACUUCCCAUUAUCAUUCCUGGGAAGAAGUGGCGCAACAAAGUCUCGGAGCGGAGAAAUUCUGUUGCUUGUUUAAAAACUUUUCUACUCCGCUUCGGUGGAGUCUGGGCCUUAAAUGUUAGUGGCAAUAGUUUUUUAAGAUGAAAUGUUAGCAAGCCAUAUCUAUUUAAGUAAUUAAAACAAUCAAAGUGUGUCCUGAUUUUCAUAUUUUUGUUUCUUUGUUCAGUUUCUUUCAGCACUGUUUUCUGAUAUGUUGAUUUGAGAAGUUGAAUCUUUUUGCUGGCUUUCGGCUCUUAGUUUUAUUAAUUGUUUAGAUAUGGUAUGUUAACUAAAAGUCUUCAAGUUAAUAGUAUCAGUGUCUAUAAUCAAACAGUUUUAUAAGUCAGGAAAGUAAUUCCAUGAAUACAACAUUUGCUUAGGCACUUUACUAAAGGUAAACAAUCUGGAUUGGACUUUUUACAUUUUAAAUAAAUUACUGCUUCAAAUAAAAAAUCAAUUGGUUAUGUUUUUUUUUUUUUAAGUUUUAGGUUUAUACACCGUGACUUUUUAGUCGUCAUACAACGGCAGUCUACUUCAUAUAUCCAAUGACCAGUAAACGUUCAUA